AUGUCUCGCCAAUCUGGGUCUUCCAAGCAUCGUUCUCACCACUCCAAGCACACGGAAACAAACAACGAGGACUUAGUAGAGCAAAUCAAGGGUAUCACCACUCUGCUUUAUGAAGUUGCUUCUUAUCGUCCUCACGAGUGGGAAACUUAUGUCCCUUCCGCUCGUUCUGCUAUGGCAGCCCUUGACAGAAUCCACUUUUUCAGGGAUCCCCAACGUUUCGCUGAACAAGUUUGGAUUUUGCAAGGACUUCAGAACUAUGCAUUCCAUGAUGCAGAUUCUGGAUGUGUCAGAGACGUAGCUGAGUUCUGUCAAGCUUCUUGGCUACGAAUUUUGCGAAAUUUCCCUGAUAAUGAGCAGGUUCUUUUGGGUGAGUUGGCACCUAUCCAGAUAAGCUCAUACUUUAACAAGACAAUUGCUGACAUAGUUGAGUAUAGGUUUGGCAUCAAAUUGGCUACAGAGAGCCCAGGCAACCAUUUCACAAAUCCAACGGGAAGAGGAAGCGGGUAAGAAGUCUGCGAUAUGUAGCAUUACAACCGCUAACAGCCAAGCAGGAUCUGACCCAAGACGUCAAGGCCCGUUGUAUGUCGAGGCUCGAGGAUACCUACAACCUGCUGUAGACUUCUAUACACGAGCAGUGAGAGCAGCAGAUACUGCCGGCUCUACCACAGGCGAUCUCUUGUCUUCGGUAAGUUUACAACCUCCUACCAGUCUUCGAACCAUUCUCACACUUCAUAGGCCGCUGAGUCUCAAAUGUCCUUGGGCAAUGUGACUGCACCCCCAGGAGACGAACGCUAUUUCCACCAGGCAAUUCGAUUCUUGCGUCGUGCCGAAGCUAUGCCACAGUACCGACUUUCAGUUUAUAUGCAAGAGUAUCUCAACGACUAUGGGCGAUAUGUUUCCUGA